AUGCCGAAACGAAGCAGUACUCAAGCAGCGGGUUCACCAGCUGGAAUGGGAAAGAAAGCCAAUGAUGUGGUAAUGACGAAUGGCAAGGCCGGUGAAGCGGAAAAGGGAGAAUCUCUUUCUGCAGAAGCUUCUCAAAACGAGAAUGAAACCAGUGCAUCAAUCGAUGCUGAGAAAGCUACCGGUAGCAACAAACGCAAACGCGACUUCAAGGCCGAACGCGAAGCUAAAAGACAAAAAAAGGAGGCAAAGCUGGAACCCAAGAGAGCAGCUGCUGUGAUCCGAGAAGCAGAAGAGGCAAUUGCAAGAGAGAAGAAGGCUGCGGAAAAGGCAGAGGCAAAGAGAGUCAGGGAAGAACAGAUGAAUAUAUUGAGGGAACAAAAGAUGGAAGAGAAGGCAAAGAAACAUGAGGAAAAUUUGAGGCAGCAGGCAGAGGAUAAACAGAGAAGGGCGGAAGAGAAGAAGAGGGAUGCAGAAGCGAAGAAGAGAGAUGCAGAGCAGAAGAGAAAGGAUAGGGAGAGGAUUCAGGCGUUGGAAAAGCAGGUUAGAGAUUUGAAAAGAGGACAUGGGAAUGCAAAUGGGAAAGGAAAAGGUGCGAAGAAGAGUUGGGACAAGAAGCCAAAGGGACCAAAGACUUCGGAAUUUUUUGGAGAGGGUUUGAAGGCGCAAGUUAUUGGUUUGGAAGAAGGGUUGAAGGAAGAGGUUGCUGAUUUAGGAGAAGAGGAGAGUAGCAAGAAAGUCAAGUCGAAGCGCAGCUGGAAAGAUCUUAAGAAGGGAAACGUAGCGCCUACGGGUCUGGAAGCAAAGAUUGCUGCUGCAAGAGCAUCCGUAGCUCAGGCUGGGGGUACUGUAGAUGCUGAUGUGCCUAUGGAGGAUGCCAUCGAACAAGAUGAUGUUGAGGAGCACGAUGAGCCCGAAGAGGAAGCUGAAGCGGCUACAAGUGCACCAGACGUCGUUUCGUAUCCUGCCAUUGAUCAUCUAAUUGAAGAUAGCCCCGAACCUGCUGUCCAGUCCGAGGCUGCAGCGCAAUCAGAGGAUCAGGAAGUGGAGGUUCCGGAAGAAGCUUCGGAAGAGAAGGUAGGAGAAGAGCAAGUCGACUCAGAAGUUCCCGUAGAAGAUUCCAAGGAAGAAGAAGAGGAGGUAGUGUCGGCUGACGAAGCGUCAUCUGCUAGUCAAGAAGAAAAAACAGAACAAGAUGCUCUUAAGGAGGAUACUGCACCUGCGGCAGGUGAAGAAAUGGAACUUGACGAACCCAAGGAGGAAGCAGAGGCCGAAGCAAGUGCGAAGAAGCGGUCGCGAAAGAGAGUCAGGAACAAUAACCGUCUAGAGGCUGAAGAAACACCAACAAAGCCUACAACACCUGCUUCAUCUAAGAGUCAAAAGGUCAAGACGCCAACAGCCACGCCUCUUACAUCAAAGAAUCAGAAUAUCAAAACACCAUCAAAAUCACCUGCACAGACAAAGGCGGCGAAUGCAAAGAACGGAAAGGCACCAGUCAAAGCAACAAUUGAAGCUAAAUCUCCAAAAGCCAAACGUGUCAGAGUACCAAAAGCUAGAGCUGCCGUUCUUGCAUCGGCACCUGGACUCGAUUCUCCGGCUAGGAAUACCAGAAGAUCAGCAAAAGCCAACCACUCGUAG